AUGCCUGCCAAAUCGACCUCCAGUAUGAAGAAAGCCUCCCUGGAUGCGUUGCCAGACCACUGGUACCUCUUCUUCGGAGUGCUCGAACCACUCAGCGUCCUCGCCGGAGCAUGGUACGCACUUGUCCUCCCGGAACGGUACAACCACGAACUUAUCCCACCGGCUUUCUUCCCAGCGAGCACGCUGCAGAACUCGCUCCGCCAAGCAGGCGUGCUGACAGAUGCAUCGCGCAUGGCGCUUGGCCAGCUCGGCAGCUGCUACCUGCUCAUCAUGCUCAAUUCCGCGUUGAUGUUCUAUGCGCUAAGGAAAUUCUUGCGAGGGAAGAACGAUGAGGUGCUCGAAAGGGUGGUGAGGUACUUGAUCAUUGUGCUGGGGGUUGCUGAUUGGACACACAUCGGGUUGACGAUCUACUUGCUGCCAAAUGGUCCUCCGAUUAAGAGCGGGCUGGUGAGCGUGCACAAGGCGACAGUGCUGCACAAGUUUGCCCUGCUUGCCAAACCAGGUAGCUGGAACAGCUUGCUGUUCGGCAACAUCAUCAUCACGUUCAUCCUUUUCUGCUUCCGCGCCUUGUGGUGGAUCGGUGUCGCUCGAGGAAGCCCCAUCGCUGCAGCGGCCAAGUCCAACCUCAAGAAAGCUUGA